UAGUAUUAGUUCUGACUGUUGAGCGUCGUCUUUGACUUUGACACAAAAUAGUUCCUUCGUGUGCCAUUUACCUUCAGUGCUUGCAGUUCGCUCGUUAGACAAAUCGUAGUCUGAUAGUUUGUGGUAGAGUUCAGCUAGCUGCGGACGACACUCGACAGGUGCACUGCCAAGCGACCAGCGAUCGAUCGACCAUGGGCAAGAACGAAAUCUUCAUCCACACGAACAAGGGAGAAUAUGUGGGUGGCGAGACGGUCUACGGCACCGUCUAUCUGUCCAUCGUUAGCCCAAUCGCAUCCAAGAGUCUCAAGCUCAAAGUGAAGGGAUACGAAAAAUGUGAAUGGGAGUACACAUACUCGGAGCAGGACAGCGAAGGACAGCUGCGCUCACGUGUUGGCAAGCGCAAGUCCAAGCGGGAGUUCUUCAAGGUUACGCUACCUCUAAUUGACUAUCCAGGUGGUUUCCCACAAGGACAGUACUCGUAUCCAUUCCAGUACAGCCUUCCACAGAACCUGCCUGGUGUGUUUAAAAAGGAGGUGAAGAACCGUUCGUCUGGCAGUAACUGGGAAGCUACUAUCAAGUACAAAGUCAAGGCAGAAGUGGACAUUCCAAACACAAAGCAUGAUCUCAAGGUCAACCAACCACUGACUAUCUAUGGCGAUCUCAACACUGGUGUGGAGCCAGAACGCUAUGAGAAGCUUGGCACAGUGCGCACCUGUCUGUGCAUACCUCGCGGUGACGUACAUGUGGUUGCUCACAUGGACAAGAACACGUACACCGCUGGGGAAACAGCCCAGAUCCACGUUGAAGUGAGGAAUGAUUCGGCUGUGGAUAUCGACAACUUUGCCGUCAAGCUUAUGCGUGUGGUGAAGCUGAAGGGACGUGACGAUGACCGUGACCACUCCGACACCACCACUUGUCUUGUGGACACUGUCUGUGUGGAGAAGUAUGCAGGCUGUGCCAGUGGAGACAGCAAGUCUAGUGAUAUCCCCUUGCCGCUAAAGACCAAGGUGGAGGACCUACAGCCAGCUACCAAUGGGCAGAUUGUCAAGUGCAACUAUCACAUUGAUAUCGAGAUGCAGGUACCGUGGGCUCCAGAUAUCGAGAUCCAUGCUCCCAUCCAGCUGUGUGCACCACACAACCUGAUGUGGCAACAAUGGCAGCCACCAGUCUGGGCUGGGCAGUGUGCACCAGUCAAUGUAGUGGGUCAACUAGCCGUGCCAGCACAGGUUCUCACAUCGCAAACAUUCACUGGUAUGCCAGGCUUCACCGUGCAGAUGCAGUUCACGACCUGAGCUACUGGCUCAACGACCUCAUGUUCUACACACUGCUGGGGGCUGGGCCGCCGGGAUGGCAUGGCACGACGCGGCGCACACUGGCACACCCUAGCUGUCACAAUGCCCGGCACUGGCAAGGCGAGCGCUGGAGCAGUCUCUCUCUCUCUCUCUCUCUCUCUCUCUCUCUCUCUCUCUCUCUCUCUCUCUCUCUCUCUCUCUCUCUCUCUCUCUCUCUCUCUCGCUCUCUCUCUCUCUCUCUCUCUCGCUCUUUCUUUCUUUCUCUCUGUGUCUGUCUGUCUCUCUCUGCAUGCUGCAUGUACGUUGAUCCUAUGACUAUUGCUGUAUGAUUCUCUUCUAUAGCGGUCCUAUUCUCUAUAGCUGUUCUAUUCUCUAUAGCGGUUCUAUUCUCUAUAGCUGUUGUUCACUCUAUAGAUGUCGGAUGUGGUAGUAAUCUGAUCUACCAGCUAGGGCAGUCACUAACAUGGUUUUGUAGUAACUACUAGUACUAGUAGGCCUCAGUGAGUAGAUCUACCCGUUAAUAGCUGGCUUUGCUCAGGCUCGCUCUGCAUACAAUCAUGGCUUUGCUCAGGCUCGCUCUGCAUACAAUCAUGUACAUUGUGGUUUUUUUGGUGUGUUACGCUGACCCACCUAUAUACCGUAUGGCUUGAUGAAUUACUGGCAAUACUGCGCCCAACGUA